CCGCGCGACCUGCUGGCCCGCACCGGAGUAGGACCGCCGCCCUGGCGAGCCGUGUCCGCGGUCGGCGGCCGAGGGUCCGGCGGGGCCAAGCCCGGGGUCUCACCGGGGUCCGGGUUGGGGAUGAGAACGCGAACUGGGGGGCCGCUGUCGGGGUAGCACCGCCCGCGGCCGGAGGGGCCUGCUCGGUUGCCCGCGCCCACCCGCCUUGGGCUGUUCCAGGCUCAGCCUUACAGCGGCUCUGGGGGCCGGGGACCCGCAUCUUCCACGUACAGUGGGGAAACUGAGGCCCAAGCGUGGGAGGAGUUCCCCCCAGGUCACGCCACCUCGUUAACCCGGAGCCGUAGGGCUGCAAAGGCAUUGCAGCAAUAUCCGAUAAUAACAGCACUAAGAAUUAUAAGCGUGUGUUAUUUUUUUGUAACAAGAAGUCAUUAGCGCAUCUCGCUUGGUCCAGACCAUGCCUCGACAAACACCACCUUAAGCUUGCACUGAAGUCAGUGUGGGGGUGGAGAAAGAAAAGUAGUGCAGAGCACUCCAAGGAAUAGGAGUGAGAAAUAAAAAAAACCCCUAACAGAGGGAAUGGACCCGUCUUUGUCAAAGUGACCCCAGAAAAAUAUUGAAUUUGAGUUCCAGGCCAUGAGGGGCGGGAGGUCAGAUACACCUCAUUGUACCCGGUCCUUGCUAAGCAGAAACCAAGGGCCACACAGAAAACAGUCCUUUGGAAGGGUUUGCCUCACCCUGGUUUCAACCAACCUCCUGACUGCACCUCCAUUUUUGUAUUUUCGGUAUACUGACCAGCGGUCCUUCCUGGUAAGAGACCACCCACCGCAGAGGGGUUCUGCUCAGUCUAUGGGGGCUGCACACACAGGGACUCCAAGUCCUCUGCUUCACCUUUUGAUGCACAGGGCCUAAUUUUGCUGUGGACUCCCGGGUUGAAGGUCAGAGAAACUGAGCAUGCCCAGAUGAACUCAGCAUGAAUCACGGGUAGAACCUGAGUGCUCACACUGAGGAGCUGGGCUGGAUUAGGAAGACACAGGAUCCAAGGUCCAAUCAGAUCACACCUCAUCAACCUGUGACCUUAAAACCUUCUCUAAGCCCCAGCUGGAGGAGACAGGUUUGAGCCAGACUUCUGUAUGGUUGCUCAUCCGGUUGGCAAUAAACCUUUCUCUGCAAACACCUGGCAGCCUGGCGGGUGUUUGGCCUUACAUUGUGCACAAGCAAACGGACCCAGCAGGCUGGUCUCCGGAGGAUGUGCAAGCUUCAGCCCUGGGCCAGAUGCCGGCCCCUCUGCGUGGCCGGCGUGGGGGCAGCCCUCAUUUGUGCCUUCCUUCUCCUGGGCGGCCGGGGGCUCCCCGGUUUCCAGCAGAGGUUUCUUCAGGCCUGGGAGCCGGAGGAGGUGCCUUCCCACCUUGGCCCCGAUGCUACCUGGAAAGGCCUCCGGAGACAGAGGCGGGCUGCGGGAGGCGUCCUGCACCUGGAGCUGCUGGUGGCCGUGGGCCCCGACGUCCACCAGGCCCACCAGGAGGACACGGAGCGCUACGUGCUCACCAACCUCAACAUUGGGUCGGAGCUGCUGAGGGACCCGUCCCUGGGGGCUCGGUUCCGAGUGCACCUGGUGAAGAUGGUCAUCCUCACGGAGCCCGAGGGCGCCCCCAACAUCACGGCCAACAUAACCUCGUCACUGCUGCGCGUCUGCGAGUGGAGCCGGACGGUCAACCCCGAGGACGACGCGGACCCUGGGCACGCAGACCUGGUGCUCUACGUCACCAGGUUUGACCUGGAGCUGCCUGACGGUAACCGGCAGGUGCGGGGAGUCACCCAGCUGGGGGGCGCCUGCUCCCCCUCCUGGAGCUGCCUCAUCACCGAGGACACCGGCUUCGACCUGGGGGUCACCAUCGCCCACGAGAUCGGGCACAGCCUGGGCCUGGGGCACGACGGUGAGCCCGGCAGCGGCUGUGGCCCCAGUGGCCAUGUGAUGGCGUCCUACGGCUCCGCACCUGGCCAGGGCCACUCGGGCCUCGCCUGGUCCCCCUGCAGCCGCCGGCAGCUGCAGCACCUGCUCAGCGCAGGACGGGCGCACUGCCUGUGGGACCCGCCGCAGCCUGGACCCGGCCCUGAGAGGCACCUGGGGGAGGCGCUGCCCGGCCUCUACUAUGGCGCAGAUGAGCAGUGCCAGGUUGCCUUCGGCCCUGCGGCGGUGGCCUGCACCUUCGCCAGGGAGGACCUCGACAUGUGCCAGGCUCUGUCCUGCCACACAGACCCGCUGGACCAGAGCAGCUGCAGCCGCCGCCUCAUUCCCCUCCUGGAUGGGACCGAGUGUGGCGUGGGGAAGUGGUGCUCCAGGGGCCGCUGCCUCUCGCUGCUGGCGCUGGGCCCCGUGGCGGCCGUGCACGGGCACUGGUCCAGCUGGGGCCCCCCAAGUCCUUGCUCCCGCUCCUGUGGAGGAGGUGUGGUCACCCGGAGGCGACGGUGCAACAACCCCAGACCUGCCUUUGGGGGGCGCGCGUGCGCUGGUGCCGACCUGCAGGCAGAGAUGUGCAACGCCCAGGCCUGCGAGAGGAGCCAGCUGGAGUUCAUGUCGGAGCAGUGCGCCCAGACCGACGCCCAGCCUCUGCUCCUCCCCCCGGGCACCGCCACCUUCUACCGCUGGGGCGCCGCCGCCCAGCACAGCCAAGGGGACGCUCUGUGCAGACACAUGUGCCGGGCCGUGGGCGAGAGCUUCAUCAUGAGACGGGGAGACAGCUUCCUGGACGGGACCCGGUGUGUGCCCGGCGGCCCCCGGGAGGAUGGGGCGCUGAGCCUGUGCGUGUCGGGCAGCUGCAGGGCGUUUGGCUGCGACGGCAGGAUGGACUCGCAGCGGGCGUGGGACGCCUGCCAGGUGUGCGGAGGCGACAACAGCACCUGCAGCCCACGGAACGGCUCUUUCACGGCCGGGAGAGCCAGAGAGUACGUCACGUUCCUGACAGUCACGCCCAACCUGACCAGCGUGUACGUCGCCAACCGCAGGCCUCUCUUCUCGCACUUGGCAGUGAGGAUCGGCGGGCGCUACGUUGUGGCCGGGAAGUCGAGCCUCUCCCCCAGCACCACCUACCCCUCCGUCCUGGAGGACAGCAGAGUCGAGUACACGGUGGCCCUCACCGAGGACCGGCUGCCCCGCCUCGAGGAGAUCCGCAUCCGGGGACCCCUCCGGGAGGCCAUCGAGAUCCAGGUUUACAGGCGGUACAGCGAGGAGUAUGGCGACCUCACCCGCCCGGACAUCACCUUCUCCUACUUCCAGCCUAAGCCGCAGCAGGCCUGGGCGUGGGCCGCCGUGCGCGGGCCCUGCUCGGUGAGCUGUGGGGCAGGGCGGCGCUGGGUGACCUACAGCUGCCUGGACCAGGCUGGGAAGGAGCAGGUGGAGGCUGCCUGGUGCCAAGGGAGCCCGCAGCCGCCGGCGUGGACAGAGGCCUGCGUCCCUGCGCCCUGCCCCCCAUACUGGGUGGCUGGAGCCUCCGGCCCGUGCAGCGCCUCCUGUGGGGGAGGCCUGCGGGAGCGGCCACUGCGCUGCGUGGAGGCCCAGGGCGGCCUCCUGAGGACCCUGCCCCCGGCCCGGUGCGCGGCGGUGGCCCUGCAGCCUGCCCCGGAGGUGGAGCCCUGCAACUCCCAGCCCUGCCCCGCCAGGCAGGAGACGUCAGCCCCUGGCCCGUGCACGUCGGCCGGCGGAGCAGGCCUGGCCUCGGAGAGUGUGACAAACGUGACGUGUGUGCAGGGGGCGGGUGGCUCGGAGGCCCCAGCGACCGCGGGGCCCGGCCCCACAGGAGAGAGGCCACCUGUUGUUGAGCUGGGCGCCGACUCUCCGGGGGAAGAGGGCCCUCCCGCAUCGCGCAGUGCCAGGCCGGAGGCUCCUGCCGCCCACGUGUGGACCCCCGUGGCGGGGCCCUGCUCCGCCUCCUGCGGGCGAGGCGUGAUGGAGCUGCGUGUCCUGUGCACGGACUCUGCCCUCGGGGUGCCUGUGCAGGAGGAGCUGUGCCAGGCGGCAAGCAAGCCCGGGCGCCGGCGGGAGGUCUGCCGCGCCGUCCCCUGCCCUGCCCGGUGGCGGUACAAGCUGGCGACCUGCAGCGUGAGCUGUGGGGGCGGGGUCGUGCGGAGGACCCUGUACUGUGCCCGCGCCCAGGCGGAGGACGGUGCCGAGGAGAUCCUGCCGGACGCCCAGUGCCGGGGGCUGCCUCGCCCAGAGCCCCAGGAGGCCUGCAGCCCGGAGCCCUGCCCGCCCAGGUGGACAGUCACGGCCCUCGGCCCCUGCUCGGCCAGCUGUGGCCUCGGCACUGCUAGGCGCUCGGUGGCCUGCGUGCAGCUCGACCGCGGCCGGGACACGGAGGUGGACGAGGCGGCCUGUGCAGCUCUGGUGCGGCCCCAGGCCAGCGUCCCCUGCCUUGUUGGUGACUGUGCCUACCGGUGGCACGUCAGCACCUGGACAGAGUGCUCCGUCUCCUGCGGGGAUGGCGUCCAGAGCCGGCAGGACACCUGCCUUGGCCCCCCAGCUGGGGCGCCGGUGCCAGCAAACUUCUGCCAGCACCUGCCCAAGCCCGUGACCCUGCGGGGCUGCUGGGCCGGGCCCUGUGCAGCGGAGGGGACACCCCGCCCAGCGCCCCAUGAGGAAGCCGCUGCCCUGGGCCAGACCACAGUGGCACCUGCUGCUGUGGCUUCCCCAGAGGGGCCCCAGUCCUGGGCCCACCUCCGCUCCCCAGCUCCCCAGCCCCUGCGGCUCCUGCCCAGUCCCCGGGAAAGCCCAGCGCGGCCCAGUGCCUGCGGUGGGCAGCACCUCGAGCCAGCCGGGACCAUUGACCUGCGAGGCUCGGGGCAGGCAGACUGUGCGGUGGCCAUCGGGCGGCCCCUGGGGGAGGUGGUGACCCUCCAAGUCCUCGAGAGCUCCCUCAACUGCAGCGCUGGGGAGACGCUGCUGCUCUGGGGCCGGCUCGCGUGGAGGCAGUCGUGCACCGGGCUGCCCGGCAAGACCUUCAGCCCCAACACCAACACGCUGCUGGUGAGGCAGCGCCGCGCGAGGCGGGCGGGCGGAGUGGUGCUGCGGUACUGGAGCUGGCCUGCCGGCAGAACCGUGCACAGAGAAUGUGACAGGCAGCUCUUUGGACCCUGGGGUGAAAUCGUGAGCCCCUCUCUGAGUCCAGAUAGGAGGAACGCAGGGGGCUGCCGGCUCUUCAUCGACGUGGCCCCCCAGGCCCGGAUUGCCAUCCACGCCCUGGCCAUGGGCUUGGGCACUGGGACCGAGGGAGCCAAUGCCAGCUACAUCUCGAUCCGGGACACCCACAGCCUGAAGACCACGACGUUCCACGGGCCGCAGGUGCUCUACUGGGAGUCAGAGGGCAGCCAGGCGGAGAUGGAGUUCAGCCAGGGCUUCCUGGAGGCGCGGGCCAGCCUGCAGGGCCGGUACUGGGCCCUCCAGCCCCGGGCGCGGGAAGAGGACCAGCGGCUGGGCCCGGGCCGGGCCCUGCCUUAGCUUCCCCUCCCGUACAUCCACCGUUGGCCCUGCCUUAGCUUCCCCUCCCGUACAUCCACCGUUGCCGAGCACUUCCUAGGCGUCUGGCCAGGCCUGGAGGCUUGACUUCUGGCCUCCGCUUUCCAACUCUGACUUGCUCCAGGCUUAGGGUCUUCUCCAGCGUCCAGAAGGCUGGGGGCGGGGCUGGAGACUCUGGAAAGGCACCCCCAGCCCUUCGGGCACAAUAAAGGAAACGUGCACUUAGGCUGCGUUUUCUUCCCAUGACCUGCUGGAACCGGCUUGGCAACCCACCACGGCAGGGCGGGGACGCCUGGGCGGUGGGCUAUGCCCCGACGUGAGCGGCCCGGGCAGGGAAAGGAGAGGCGAGGGGUGCGCGGGCAGCACCGCCCUGCGCAGCCGGGAACCUGGUCCCCCGGGGCGCGUCUGCCCGCCUGGGCGGCCCCACGCAACAG